AUGGUUUAUCGGAAAAUCGCCCUUUUCAGAUUCGUGUGGGUUUUGGCCAGAGAUCUUGAUGUGGCCACAGCAGUUUCUUUGAAAGCGCCAUCGAAUCCGUGCAGCCCAAGGCUCGCACCGGCCGUCUUCCAGGAUGAUGGCUAUGAAUUCCUUGGCGAGGCCGACAUCGACAAUCGAAUGAUGAAAUACGUGUUUCAAGGUCAUGUACAUGAAGUUGAUAAGCUGUAA